ACAUUUUGAUCGGAUUCAACAACGGGAGCUCGCUUGCUGUGAAGUAACUUUCUCCCUUUCGCGCGCUUCUUCGGCCAAAUCCCCUAAAUCCGCCGAACCAAAGGAUUUCGGAAAUCCGGGAUUUAGAGCGAAUCGGCGGAAUUUUUCGUCAACGGAGGAUUUCGUUUGCCGUGAGAUUUGGAUUUGCAUUUUAGGCCGUUUGGCUGGAUUUCGCCCAAAUCCGGCCUUAAAUCCGCCUAAAUCCGCAUACCAAACAGAGGAGUCUAGAUUUUGAAUUGACGGCUACAAAGAGAUCGCCAGCUUCUCUUGAUUGACUAAGAUUGCAUCAGAUCUUGCACAAUGGCUCAAAUUUUCCGCUACACUAGAAAGCUCAAGAAUGCUCAAAAUAUUCUACAAAAUAGGCCUUUUUCCGCUGUCUCUUUUUCCUCUGAUGCUGCUGCUGCUUUUGUUAGCAGAGGAGUUGGAAAAGGAAAUGCUGAGGCCAGCGUAGCUGUCGGAUAUUCCCCAACAACCAAGGCUUCUUCCACAGUAUUGUCUAUAUCUCAUUUGACUAGUAACACAAUUAAAACGAGAAUCCCUGUGUCUAGCUUUCAUUUCAUCAGUAUUGUCUCAGGUCCACAUGCAGCAUCAAUGAGAAACUAUUCAGCCAAAUCAGACCUUCCUCCACAUCAGGAAAUUGGAAUGCCAUCCCUUUCUCCUACCAUGACAGAGGGAAACAUUGCAAGGUGGUUGAAGAAGGAAGGAGAUAAAAUCUCUCCUGGUGAAGUGCUCUGUGAAGUUGAAACUGAUAAAGCCACUGUGGAAAUGGAAUGCAUGGAAGAAGGCUAUCUUGCUAAGAUUAUUAAAGGGGAUGGUGCCCAGAACAUAAAAGUGGGAGAGGUGAUUGCUAUAACUGUGGAGGAAGAGCAAGAUAUUGCAGAAUUUAAAAAUUACGAAGUCUCAGCUUCUUCUGCACCGCCGGCUGAAGCAAAGGCACCAUCUGAGACAAUUACAGCUUCAUCUGAGGAGCCGGAACCAGCUAAAGCUCCUGAGCCAAGGGUUUCACAGGCUGAAGCAACUCCACAUUCAGAAGAUCGCAUCUUCUCGAGUCCUUUAGCAAGAAAAUUAGCAGAGGAUAACAAUGUUCCCCUUUCAAGCCUUAAAGGCACGGGUCCUGAUGGACGCAUUGUGAAGGCUGAUGUUGAGGAUUAUUUAGCAUCCGCUGCAAAGACUGUGCCACAUGCUAAGGCAGGUGUUUCUGGAACAGUUCAAGCAUUGAACUAUUCUGACAUACCGAAUUCCCAGAUAAGAAAAGUAACUGCAUCACGUUUGCUGCUUUCCAAGCAAACUAUUCCCCAUUACUAUCUCACAGUAGAUACUCGUGUUGACAAACUUAUGCAACUACGUGGCGAGCUUAAUGUUUUGCAAGAAGCUUCUGGGGGAAAACGUAUUUCUGUCAAUGACCUCAUUAUCAAGGCUGCUGCUUUGGCUCUUCAGAAGGUUCCUCAAUGUAAUAGUUCCUGGAUGAAUGACUUCAUCCGCCAGUACCACAAUGUGAAUAUUAACGUAGCCGUGCAAACAGACAACGGGUUGUUUGUGCCAGUUAUCAAGGAUGCAGACAAAAAGGGACUAUCAAAAAUUGCUGAAGAAGUGAAGAAUUUGGCUCAAAAGGCGAAAGAAAGUACAUUGAAGCCUGAAGAAUAUGAGGGUGGUACUUUUACGGUUUCAAACUUGGGAGGCCCAUUUGGAAUCAAACAAUUCUGUGCUAUAAUAAAUCCCCCACAAUCAUGCAUUCUGGCUGUGGGCUCUGCUGAGAGGAGGGUAAUUCCCGGUGCUGGUCCCGGCGAAUUUGAAUUUGGUUCCUUCAUAGCCGUCACCUUGAGUUGCGAUCAUCGGGUGGUCGAUGGUGCCAUUGGUGCAGAGUGGCUCAAGGCAUUCAAGGGCUACAUAGAAAAUCCAACCUCAAUGUUGCUCUAAAUUUAUUAGUUCAGCAACAAUUUUUUUGUAGGAUCACAAAAUAAGGUAACCCAGACCCUUCUUGAUACAUUUUGUGUUGUUCAUUAUUUCUUUUCACAGGCAUGAUAUAAAUUAAAUUUGGCCUUAAUGAGAACCUUAAGGACUUUAGAUAAAUUAUGGUUUUGAGUUCUUUCUUUUGUGUUAAGUAAUGCUAUGUUAUCUGGGGUGAAUGUCCAUAUGAGCAGAGGAUGAAUGACCAGACUAGUUGAUGACAAUUUCAAAUAUGUUUUCCUAAUUGAUUCUUUGCUUAUU